ACGUGCAUGGCAAACAUCGAAUGGACGCAUCACGCACGGAAGAUUAUAUAAGGAAUAGCCUCAGCGACUCACUCUUCCACUCCUCAACGCUUUCUCAUCGCUGAUCAAACUUCAAACCCUAGCUAGGAUUUCAAGGUACACUUAACGAUGGCUUCAAAACGCAUUACUAAGGAGUUGAAGGAUCUGCAGCAGGACCCUCCUGUUUCCUGCAGUGCUGGCCCUGUUGGUGAUGACAUGUUUCAUUGGCAAGCUACAAUUAUGGGUCCAACUGACAGUCCUUAUGCUGGUGGUGUAUUCCUGGUGACCAUUCACUUCCCACCAGAUUAUCCAUUUAAGCCACCAAAGGUUUCCUUCCGAACCAAGGUAUUUCACCCUAACAUAAACAGCAAUGGAAGUAUCUGUCUGGACAUUCUGAAAGAGCAGUGGAGUCCUGCCCUUACAGUUUCCAAGGUGCUACUUUCAAUUUGCUCCCUGCUGACAGAUCCCAACCCGGAUGAUCCUUUGGUGCCUGAUAUUGCUCACAUGUACAAGACUGACAGAGACAAGUACGAGAGCACUGCCCGUUCUUGGACUCAGAAAUACGCCAUGAGCUAGAAGAAAAUAUCUUUAUUGUUCUGGUGACAGCUUAUGUGCGCAAAACAAGUUGUUUGGGGAUAUGUCAGUAUAUAAUAUACAUAUACAAGUAGUUCUGCUUUGAUACUUUAUAAUAAUUAAAACCCUGGAUUUUUUUUUUCGAUUUGAUCGCUUUUUUUUUUCUUUUAGAAUCGUUUGUUUUGUUUACUAAUGUUGAUAGAAUUGGUCGGGUCAUGGCAAAGGGAAUAAUUCAUGGUUCAUUCA